CUCCAGGCUGAGGUAUGUAACAGUUUUUAUCAGAACUCAGAGGAAAGACAAAAAGCACCCAGAAGUCGUCCGUGUUUGCAGUUCGCUGGCCUCUGAAGGAUCCUGCUCGUCUGUAUUGAGCCUGUGUUGCCAUGGCGUUCUGGGGCAGGAGCCCGCUACUGCUCGCCGUUCCUCUGUGGAUGAGCUUUGGGGGAGUGGCCGCUGCUCUUUCAGAUCCAGAGGUCUGUUACAUCCUGGAUGGUAUCCUGUUCUUGUACGGCAUCAUCCUGACAGCGCUCUACUGCAAAAUCAAGAUCCAACAGACUAGGGAGGCUGAGGCUAUGGCUGAGACCAAGAAAGCAAAGGGCAAGAAGAAGAUUCCUGAAGAGAGCAUCUAUACGGGUUUGACUCCUCACGCUGCGGACACGUAUGAAACUAUCGGCACGAAGAAGUGACGUGACACGAUGCAUUAAAGUCCGAGACAUGCGCUUCUUUUCUAUAUUUAAAUAUUGCAUAUUAUAAAUACAUAUAUAUAUAUAUAUGCAUAAUCAGCUUACAUUUAAAAAAAGAUUGUGAGAUUGUUAGCAUCAGAGUCUUUUUGCUUUUGCUUUUGUAAAAGUUUGUUGAGCGUGAAGGGUGAAAGAGAAAAGGGGGGGGAUGAGGCGGCUACUUUGAAGAAGAAAUAACGCACAUAUUUAAUUUAUACUUUGCUUUAAAGACAUAUUGCAUAAUAAUAUUUAAAAUGAAAAAAUA